AUGACAAUUUCAAAGAUGCAGGAAUAUGCACUUGUAACUAGAGAUAGUAAACCAACUCGAGUGUAUUUGAAGUGUGCCAAGGACAGUCAUUAUAAGAACACACAGAAUAUUGAAGAUAGCAAACGCAAGAGAAUUCCAUCUACCACUAAUAAGAUUGAAGGCUACUACAAUUACCCUCUUGAUGAUGACUGCCUGGAAUUCAUCUUGAAAGGUCGUUCAUCAAAGGUUACUGUUGAUGAUGCUAGAGAAAUCAUAAAGCUUGUUAAGAUCAAAACUAAGACUUGUGAGAUCCAAAAGGCAAUCAAUGAAAAGGAUAAUGUCAGCCACAAGCUGUAUGUGAAUGACAUUAACAAUAUCAAGGCUGCUUUUGCUCAUACUACUGCUUCCACUUCUCAGGAUACAGAUACUGAACUCAUUAAAACCAUGGAAGCUAAGGGAUAUCUUGUACGCUAUUAUACCAGCAAAUAUGAGUCUCUUGAAAGAGUAUUUUUCUUGCACUUAAAGAUGCUAGAAAGAGCUCAUCGCUUCUCAGAAGUCAUAGCUGUUGAUGCCACCUACUCAACCAACAAUUUGGAAAUGACUCUUGUAUGCAUGGAAGGCGUCUAUAACCUCGGAAAGACACUUUUAAAUCGUUUCCCAUUGCCUUCGUCUGAGUUUCGAAUGAGAAACAAGAGACCUGCAUUUGGUUCUUUGAGUAGCUCAAGUGUUGAAAAAGUCUUUGCUAGAAAAAUCAAGUCAGUUGCAGAGAAAGACAUUCUUAUGGAGUAUUUGAACUCUAUGAUUCACAGCAGUAUGAAAAGAGAUUUUGAGGUUAUGUUGAUGAAGUUCAAUGCAGUAUCUUCUGGUUGUGAAAAGAAGUGGGCAGGAUACCUGACCAGCCAGAAAAUGCAUUUUGGGUGUAUAACUACCCAGAGAGUUGAGAGCACACAUCAAGCUUUGAAAAGAGAAAUAUCAGCAAUUUCGUCUUUAGGGCUUGCAUUUGAAGCUGUCAACUCCUAUGUAGGCAGGCUCGAAAGAGACUUCAAUACUAUAAAAAUCAGGGAAUUGACAACUGUUGAUGUCUUGGUUGGCCGCAACAAGCAGCUUUCCAGGCUUUUUAUGAAAGUCUCUAAGAGAGCAUUGCUUGUUAUUGAUCAAGAACUUUGCUUGAUCAAUAGAGAUGAUGAAUUUUGUUAUUGCAAAAACAGGUUUGAGUUUGGCUUGCCCUGCAGACACUCGCUGCCAGCUGGAAGGGAGCUCACCCUUGAUGAUGUUCCUGAAAGAUAG